UUGGCCACAAUUUUUUUUUGUUCAAUGAAUAAUUUACAUUACAAUAAAUCGAGAUAAAUAAUAAUUACAUUUUUGGCACUAAUUCUCACAUCGAUCACACAUGGUUAGAUGAUUUAAGCUUAUCUUGUAUGGAUGAAUGUACAAACUCAUAAUUCCAGGAAUAUAAUCGGAUCAUGAUAUUUUCUGUACAUUGUUCAACUGUUAGAAUUUGACAACUCUUUUGGUUGCAGUUGACGUUCAUGGAUCUGUUUUGUACACUUUCAUUUGAUUCAUGUAUAUGCAUCUCUCAGGAAACCCGUUCGAAAAAUGAUAGAUCUGUUCUAAAAAAAAAUCCUGUAUUCAUUGAAACAUGGUUAAAAUCGUGAUACUUGAGGCACAAACAAAUCUGGAGUGAAAAAAAUACUAUGUUGAUAAGCACAAUUCAUUCGAGUCAUCGUCCAAUGGGAACAACAAAAAUCAGCCAACAAAAUGUCAAACUCAUUAUAAUUCACAAAGAUCAUACUCUCACAAAUUCAGCUGAUGGAUUGUUUUCAACAUUUAAAUCGCCAAAGUUUGGGCAAAAUUGUGUUUAGUUACAUUGAAAAUUGAAUUUCUCGGUAAAUAUAACAAUAAACAGCUUAUGUAAUCCUCUUUAAAUAUUCUAGCUCAAGACCAGAAAAUCGACAGGAACCAAAUCGAAUCAAGCAAUCAGUCACUGACGGUUCGGAAAUCAGGAGUAGACAACUUGUUUCAUCUUGACAACCAAAUAGAAUAAGUUGGGACAAGAUUCUAAAUGGCAAAACCGCACAAUGGCACACAGUGUAUAUUUGGAACGUGUAAAAUCAAAAAUAACAACGGAAUCAAUCAAUUAGUUUGCUAACAGCUGAAAUUGUUGGAUUAUAAUUUAAUUUUGUUAUAGAUUAGCCGAACAAUCAUGGCCUUUAUAAGAAACAAGUAAAAUGUAAUUUUAAAAUAAAUCGACAAAUGUCCUCUUCAUCGGAAAAACAAUCGAUCAACGACGAUAGUAGUACAGAAGGUAAUGGCGACAGCAACAAAAGCAUUCAAAAUUCCUUAAAUGAUAGCAAAUCAUCAAUGUCGACGGCACUGACGGUUAACGAAGAAAAUAGUGUGCUAAUGGAUAUUGUUAAAGAACAAGUACAACGGACUUAUGUACGCAUCGAACGCAAUCGUAACAACCCUAAUCAAUUGCUAUAUGUAACAAAACAAAGCCAAGAAAACUGGAUUAAAGGAACAAUUGAUCCACCGGCCUCGCGAAAAUCGGCUACUGUAAUGUCAGCUAAAGCUAGAGAAUGUUUGCUGCGAUCGUCAUUGACCAAAGCAUUGAUACCAGAUGAGAUUGGAGCAAUUAAUUUGGAAAGUCGAGGUACCAGUAAUAGGAAAAAACAAAGAAAAAGGCGAAAAAAUCGACGAGCAAAAACAGACUUGAAAAGUUAUGAUGAAAUUCGGGAUCGAUAUGAAACACAGGAACUUGUAAAAACAAUCGAAUUGGAAUCAAAAUCAUUGGAUAGUAGUAACAAAGGACGAGAUAAAUCUGAAGACAAGAUUGACAGCCAAACAAUCUUUAUUACACCGAGUGAAAAUUUGAUUUGUACAGCCAUUAUUGAAAACGAGAAAAUUGAUGCAACAGAAAAUGCUCAAGAAGACGCCAUCACGGAUAAUUUUCAAAGUUUCAAAACAUAUCCGAUUGAUCAAUUCAAAACAACUGCAGUAGCAGCAUCAGAAUCAUCCGAUAAAGAAGGCGACAAUGACAGCUAUGAAUCGUCCAUGUUACUUGCCGUGCCUGAUGAUCUGGUUCAAUGUCUUCAAGAUUAUCUUGAACAAUUAGAAUCAGAAAGUUGUUUGAAUCGAAAACAACAACUAGAACCAUCAUCAAAGCCAUAUAGUUUGUAUGUCACUCCAACCGAUUAUAUUGUUCAAGAUUUACCAAAACAAUCGGAAGCUUUAUCAUCAGUCCCAAUGCGAAAGACUGAAUAUGAUGAACAAUCCAGCCUUCAUUCAUCAGGAUACAUACCAGCACCGUCAUCACUGAAUGAUGAUUCAAUCACAAGCGAUCAAUUCGAAUCGGUCGAUGAUUCAUGCAAAGUUGAAAAUUUUAGAUUUGAAAAAUUGAAUAAAAGCGUAAGCUUUUCACCUAGAACGCCAGCUGAUUCAAUGAUUAUUAAAACAAGAUCUUCAUCAUAUAAGUCAGAUAUUCCAUAUUCAGAAAAUGCUUCUGAGAGCAUAUCAAAGGAGUCGGUCAAGCAAGAAAAAUCUGAUUUAAAAGCCCAUUCAUCACCUCUAGCUCAACAACCGGAAUCAGCUCGUGAGCUCACAAGUGAAAGUUUACGCAAUGAUGAACAACAGCAUGAAUUAAAAUCAAGUGAAGAUUCUUACAAAUCUAUUCAGUCAUCUUUUAUUCCUAAUGUUUUACAGGAACAACGAAAAUCGGAAUCUGAUAAGAUACGAUCGUCUUAUGAGCAAAGUUUCAAAACACCUUCAUCAUAUGUGGCGGAUGAUGAUGAGAGUUCGAUGUUACUUCAAGUCGAUCCUACUCUUUCCCGUAUGAUAUUAGAUUAUAUGUCGGAAACACCGCCAUCUCGAUUAACAGAAUCGGCAGAUCAGCCAUAUCAAUCGCCAAAAUCUUUGGAUAAUGUGGAAAAAUUUGAUAGUAAUGUGAAAAAAGGUCAGGAAAAAAUUAUAACAUUGAAGAAUCGUAAAUCGCAACGACAAAAACAAGGUCAAAAGAUGAAUUUUAUCAAUGCCGUCACGGAUAAAGAUGAUGAACAACUUGGAAAUCUUCAAUCAUCAUUGCCUACACCAAAAUCUUCAUUGAAUCUAUCAAGCAAAAGCAUGUCUAUGAAAAGUACUGUGUUGCCUAAACCGAAAUCAUUGUUAAUCAAAGCUCAAACAACAAUUAAUGAAGAUGAGUUUAGUGUCAACCACCGUUCGAGUCUUUUGGAUCAGGAUGAGCAAGAAAUUGAAUUUACCUCGAAAAAACCUGCCACAUUAAAAUUUACAGUAACUCCACCAAUAUCGAGACAGAAAGAUAAUGACCAAUGGCGAACAGUAAAAAGUCCACCAUCUAAAGCUAUCAAUAUAGAACUAAAGCCGACAGCCACUGAAGUCACAGAUCAAUCAAAAGAAUCUCUUUACACGAAAGAAUUAAUAUUGGAAUCAAAUAAAAAACGAAUUGCCAGUGGCAGUGUCAGUAUGACACCUACAGCUUCAUUCAAAUCACAAAUUGCAUCAAUUAUUGAUCCAACGAUAUUGAAACAAUCACAGGAUGACAAAACGAUUGUUGCGGUUGAAGAUAUCAAUCGAUCAAUCCAGGUGGAAAUUGAACCACUCGAAACGAAAACGGUUAUUCUAACAUCGUCAGCUUUAGCAUCGGGUAAAGAAGAAGUGAUGGUUGAAGCUGAAUUGCUUAGCCCAGUUUCUCAUAAAGAAACCUCCUCCACUCAAUAUUAUUUGAUUCGAACGACCGAAAAAAAUGUGAUGCCAAUCGAAAUAAUAUCGUCAACCCCAAAUGAUAAGCAACAAGAAACAGAGGCCAAAACAAUCCAAUUAUCUCCUUCAUUGCCGAAAAGCAGCAGCAGUGGUAGAUCAGUGGAACAUAAAUCUUUGUCAAAGUCAUUAAACAUGAAAAUUGAUUUGAGCCCGUCAAUCAUUAUUGCCAGACCAAAGACCACGCAGUUUGAAACAAAAUCUUUGGAUGAAUAUAGGUCUAGCCCAAUGCAACCCAUCGUUGAUUUGCAUGAUUCCACAAAAUACGAUAUGAUCGAAAAGUUGAAUCAAAUUUGUGAAGACGACAGUAGUAAAUUGAAUAAAUUGCCAUCACCAACUUCAAGCAAACGAAGAUUGUAUCGAAAAAAAUUGGUAUCUAAUGUUACAACUGGACCAGCAUCUAGAAUUGUGACAUCAGCUCGAUUAGAUCCUUUGCAUCAAUUAUUAUUGCAAGCCAAAAUCAAACAAACGACAAAAGUUGAUAAACAAUCAUCUGAACCGAAAUCAUUCAUUAUAUCCACCAAACAGCAACAACUGCAACCGGAUGAGCAGAUCAAUGAUGAUACUUUUAGACAAAAAAUGGUCGAUUUUUAUAUUAAUGAAGAAGAAUUUGCCAGUUCAAGCGAAGAUUUAGCUAAUUUGGAAUUAGAGUUUGAAAAAUUGCCGCCACCACCUUCUGUUGUUAAUCCAUUGAUAAUAGAAAGCGAAGUGGAUCGAGAACGAAAGCAAUGGCAAGAAGAAUUAAUAGUCAAUAGUAAACGAUUAUUUGAACAAAUCGAACAACUAAAGCAGAGACAGAAAUUACAUUUGGCCAAUCUACAUCAUAUGCGUCGUAUUUUGGAAUCAAGCAAUGCUAGAAAAUUGAAACAGCAGAAACCGAAAGAAAAUGACAAUGAUUCGACAGUUACAGAUAGACAACAACCAAUCAUGAACAAUGGUAAUUUCUUAACCAUUGUCACAGCAGCUGGAGCAGUAACCAUAGCAGCCAUUGGUGCCACAUUUUUAGCUAUUAAAUAUAUGUUCUGAGUUCUGAUUAUAUAAAAAUCUAA